AUGCCCACUCUACCAUCCAAUGACGAGCUCCGCAGUCGUAUCGAUGGCAUCUACUUGGGCGACCCAGAUGUGAUUUCUCAGCUCAAAUGGUCAUAUUCCAAAGGUGGCCGAUGCCAUGUGCUCACUCACAAAUCGACGCCAGCUGCACACAACCCUCCCCCCGCUUUGUUGCACGGUUGUUUCAAAGUUGUCCGAAGCCCUUUUUACUUCUCUCCUGAUGGUGGAUUCAAAGCUAAAGCUGCGAGUGUGAACUUUGGCGGAAGAACUACAGAGGAAGAAGCCAUGGGCAAGGCCAAUUCCUGGGCUCGACUGGAACGUGUUGGAGAUGAAGAUAUCCUUGGAUAUGAAGAUUUCCCAGUGUACGUUAAGAAUCUGAAGGCACUGGAAGGGCAGUCGGCUUUGGCCAGCACUUCGCAUACGCCAACACCCUCCACUCUCGAUGGGGGAAAGGGCAGCGCGUCGACUCCUGGUUCCGAACCAUCAGGGAGUAAGCAACCAGUUGUGGCUGAAGAUAGUGCCGACAUAGUGAAGUCCGGUGCUCCACAACUGGGCCAGAAAAGAAAAAGAGCGUGUACACCCCCGGCUCAGACAAUUGGAUCUACGACAGCUGGGCCAUGCAUUCUUGUUCCUCGCACUCCCGAGCCAACAGUGAAAACUACCGGUGGGGUUGAUCAGGAGAGUGACGACGUUGAUGUCGGCAAGGAUGACCCUGACGAUGCAUUCCUCGGGGAUGAAUUUGGCCUGCAACACUGGCCAGUGUCCAAGUCGAAUAUAGGCAUUCGUGAUCGCAUGGUAGCAAGUGGACACUGGUAUACGAAUCCCCUCAAGGCCUAUCGUGAGGGUAUUGAGGGACGUGCCACAUUUUCGGCGCAAGUUGGUGAAAUUAUUGUAUUGAAGGAAGCUGAGAUCAUCACUGCUGGCCGUGCAGAGAACGGGUCACCUUCAAAGCGUGCAUUCUCAGGACCAUCAUUCUCCCCGGCAAAGCGCCAGCGCCGCCACUAG